GGUGUUGAAUUUAAUAAGGGAAUUCGAGUUGCAGAAAAUGAAGGAAUCUGAGACUGUCAAAGAAUACUCAGAUCGGUUGCUUGGCAUUGUUAACAAGGCACAAGAGCAAAGGAGGCUUAUGAGGCAAGAUGGUAUGGUUGAAGGAGCCCUGACAGCCAACCACAAAACUCAAAGCAAGGGUAAUAAUGUUAAAAAAAAUUACCCGCCUUGUCAGCACUGUGGCAAAAAAGGUCAUCCACCAUUCAAAUGUUGGAAGAGGCCAGAUGCAAAGUGCAAAAUUUGCAACCAACUUGGUCAUGAAGCUGUAAUUUGCAAAGGCAAAUAUCAAAAGCAUGAAGCAGAUGCCCAAGUCGCCAAUGAAGAAGAAGAAGAUCACUUGUUUGUGGCAACUAUACUUUCAACCAAAAAAUCUGAUUUUUGGUUGAUUGACAGUGGUUGUACAAACCACAUGACAUAUGACAGAAAUCUUUUCAAAGAGUUCACGUCUAUAGGAAAUAAGAAAUUCAGAAUUGGAAAUGGUGAUUAUAUUCUUGCUAAAGGAAAAGGAACUGUUGCAAUCCCAACAAAUUCAGCCGAAGAUGAAGAAUGGAGUCAAAAGAAUCUACUAAGUGCAGGUAAUUCUCCAACUGAGGACAUAUGUGAAAAUAAGGUAAGGAAGAAGUUGUCAAUAUUUCAGAAAAUGCAAUUCUGGAAGAAAGUUGACAAGUCUCAAGGCAAGAUGCAAAUGAACCUGAAAACUUAUUUCAUUAACAAUCAUGAGAUGCAGCAAAAUACAGAAGUGAACUCGAUUCACUGCAAGUGCAAAGAUCAGUUGACAGAUUUACGUGCAAAGUCGCUUCCAGUUAAAGGUUUACAAGGGACAAAUUCAGAAUUUGCAGCUUCAAAAGCAAGGAGGAGUGUUAGAAAUAUGCUUUAGAAGCUGCUCUCAGUAAAAUUAUUGUACUGUUUCAGCUAUUUACUGCAGUAAUUUAGUUUGAAUUUGAAAUAAUUUUGAACUAGUCUUUAGGAGUGAACGAGUCUUUAGGAGUUAGUUAUUUUCAGCAUAUUUUGUGCUGAUUUUUUAGGUCU